AUGGCGAUCCCAGUUGCCCGCGUGCACCUUGCCAUGACACACGCGGCUCUCCCGGCGCUGCUCCCGACCCCGCCCAAGUGGAAGAUGCUGCCGCUGCUCCCGACGCCGUGCCCGUGCGUCGUCGCCGCCAUCCUCGGCCUCCCAAAGCCGCUCGCCAAGCCGAGCCGAGCCGACUCCGACGAGAGGUGGGACGCGCACAAGACCAAGCCGGCCAGCAUAGAAUCUUCAGCCUCGUCAAGCCCUCGUUCCGCCGACAGCGUCAGGAGCAGCGGCAAGAACGCGACCUCGCCGCCGCCCAAGCCCGGCCGGGCCGACUCCGUGGACAGGUGGGACGCGCACAAGAAGGCAGCGAGCCCAGCUUCGUCAUCGUCGUCAAGCACGUCUCCCCUCGUAAGCAGCACGUGCACAAUCAGCUGUGCGUCGUCCGCCGAGCGCUGGGACGUGCACAAGAAGCAUCGCCCGCCGCAGGCCAAGGCACUCGACGACGGCGAGAGCAGCAGUACUGGCAGCAACGACAUCGACACGGAGGAGGAGGAGGAGAUACUAUGGAAUCCGCGGGCCAUGUACGCAGGACCGGGCUUCGUCGUCGCCGCGCCAGAAUCCAGCAUGCUUCCCAUGCCAACAACGUUCUUGGUUCGCGUUGCAUAG